AUGGAAAUGCCGCGUUACUGUGAGAAUGACUACAUGCGAAAUCUCCCAAUGGAUGGGGAAACCAAUAUUCACUCAACGCAUAGGGAAAGUGACAAAUGCGAUCCGGCAUGUGAAAAUGCGAUGGGUGAAAUUGCCUUGGGAGGUUCUUUCAAAAAGAUGAGGUUGGUUGGAAGCCCACUCAAAGGGGAACAUUUCGACAUAGCGCACUUUGCAGCUCGUCAAACGGAGAAAAGGAAGAAUGAACAUUUAAAAGAGGCAAAUAAUGAGAUUAGAAGAGACCUAGCGUAUAACCAAAGUGAUCAUGUCCCCAAGAGUCCACAGUACUACCAAUACUGUUCAGGUUUAGAGACGCCUCAUGAAAAAGAGGGAACAAAUACUCUUAAAGACAUGCACCAGACGCUUUUGUUCUCAAACCAAGGCACCCUCUCAGGCAAGUUGCCCCAAAAAGAUCAAUCAGGCGGGAGGCCGAAUUGUCCAAUGGGUACAACGAACAAAUAUGAAGCGAGUUAUCAAAUGAACCCAAUGGAAAACAUGAGCAAAAAGUGUUUAAUCGAUAACUGUCCAAAGGAUGAAGCUUCCGAUUUUGAAAAAAGUACAGAAUAUAAUUCAGCACAAAAUAUUUUAAGCUCAUUUGAAAAUGGUGUAUAUGUUGAUUCGGAGCAGACCUUGCCCAUGGAGGGUACUAAUAGCGACGCGUACAUCACGAAAGGAGCGUUAAAUAGUAUGAGCACUAUAAGCUAUAAUCACUACGAUAAUCCUACAAAGCGAGAAGACCCUGGACUUGUACAUAGUGGUACGCACAUUUUUUCUGACAAAAGGGAGCCGCUUGCCCAUGAUAAAGAAAAACUGUUAAUGUUCCAACUAAAGGGAAAUAAUACACACCUGUCGAAUGCGUCGAGCAUGCGCUGCACACGCAGCCAGAACGCUGCAAGUAUUGGGGGUCAUACAAUUUGGCAACAGCAGCCACGAGAUGAGAAGACUACUUAUUACAAUUACAAAGUAAAGGGGGAGGCUGAAAUGUGUGAUGCUUGGAAGGGAUAUGAAAAUUACGGGCCAUAUGUGACAAGCGCAAAUAUAAAAACUGAUUCGCAGAAACACCAUCCUGUUAAUAGCAGCUUAGCAGAUUGCCCAAACGGUGACUUGCUAUGCGUGAAUGAGGCAACCAUGGGAAGCGCAAAUAUUAACAAGGGUUCUCAGCAUGUCUUGAACAACUCCGUUUUGUCAAAUGGAUAUAUGGUCCAUGAUGAGGAUCCCCAGAAAAUGGUCUCCAUAUCGAACAACAUUAUGACGAGUAAUUCAGCAUGGAAGGAACACGAAGCUCAGAACGGUGCUUUUAUUCAAAUCGGAGCAUAUACCCCGAUGGACCAUAUUAAAAAGAUAAAAGAGGUCCAACCAAAAGGUUUCAUUAGCCCAAAUUACACAACGUGCGCCAUGACCAGAUCGAACUUGUGCGAACAUCCUGCUGAUCUCAUUUCUGACAACACAUAUUAUUAUAACAACCAUGUGAAUGGCAUGUUUUUGAAUGGUGGACCAGAUGCGUACGGAGUGAGACAAAGUAAAGGCUGCUUUCUUCAUGUUGACCGGUCGUGGGACGCCGACACGCACCCUUGCAAGAAUGGCUCGUCACACGAGAUGGGAACGCCCAGGGUAUUCACUGUUCCAAUUGAGCACAGUACAUCUCAGAGAGCCGCCUUUAAUGGACAAGACGAACAGAAUAUUAGCCCAACUAGGUCUACUCAAAAAAUGAACCACACACGUGGAAUUUUCGAAAGCAGCCCUGAACACACGAGCGGGAAGAACUACCUUAGCACAUUUGUACAGAACGACUACGAAGUGGACGAAAUUAAAAGCUGCAUUCCAGAACGCCCUUUAUAUGGCAACCAAAAUUAUGAUGUGCCCAAAAUUAUUCAAGGGAUAACGACCAAACAGAAUAACGGAAUUGUGUCCGAGUGUAAUCAAGACACCAUCAUCGAAUAUAAUAAUAAGUGGCGAUUAGUGAAGGGAAAGCAAUUCGCCAUAAACCAGGUGGAUAAUUUUAAAUCAGUGGAAGAUUCGGCAACGUAUUUUCAAAGCUAUUUAACUGAACAGAACGAAAAUACAAAAAGGAUGCUUUCGAGAAUUAAUUUUAAUUCCUUGACUGGAAAAUUUAGCAUAAAUUCUUUAGGCGAUGAUGAUGGUCACAAUGUUAGGCAGCUCAGCAAAGUGUAUGAUUAUAAAGAUACAUUGCGCUCCUAUCCCGCCUACUAUGGCAUAUCCCAACAUAUGCACUGUAGCACAAAGGAAGCAUUAAAAUGUGAGGAGAAUAAAGGAAGGGCAAUUUCCCCAAAUGAUAAUCCUAGUGAUUGUACAAAUGUGCAUGAACAAAUGCGGAAGAAAAAAUCGGUUGGGAAAAAACCAAACCUUGCCUUAUGUGGUGCUGGUGGUGGUGAUUAUCAGCUAAAGAACCGAAUUCAAGCUUUUGUGUCCCAAAAAAUGAGCGAUUACUUUAACGUAAAUUUUGUGUAA